AUGCCUUAUACGCCGCCCUCUCGGUCACCCGCUUCCUCAAUCUCUGCCUCUCCAGACGUCAGCCGACGCUCUUCCUUUCAAAAUGGUCCUCGUCCCUCACUACCGCACUCGGCCUCGUACCUAAACAAGCACCGUCGCUCACCCUCCAUCACAACUAUUAGCACCGACCAACCAACAGCCGUCCAGCCUCCUCCAACUGCCAGCUUGCGACAGUCCCCUCCCCCCGUCACAGAUGUACGCCUUAUCCCUGCCGGUGCCGUCAUUUCCCCUCCCGAGUCUGCCUCUGGCAGUGAUGAUGAGUUCAAGGCCGCGUCCGAGGAUAACUUGAAACACCUUCGAGAGGCUGUAAGUCAAAUAUCACAAGGCACGCCGUUGUCUUCGGAUGAGAACCUCGCCGACGCGGCCAAUGCUAUCCUCGCCCUGUCGCCCAUGCGCAUGGGCUUCAGCACCUCGGAUCUAUCGUCUUAUCCCAGUUCCGGCCCCAAGGUUAGCCACAGCCGCUCCGCCACGGAGCCACAUGCCAGCUUUUCUACAUCCGCCGACAACUCGGCCACCAUUUCCUCAGAGUCUGAAGAGGAUCUCCGCUAUAAGCCGCAAAUGGUCAGGAAGAAAUCUGGCGAGCUUGUUCGACCUGCUUUACGCGGUUCCUCUCGCCGGCGUCCCCUGAGCAUGCCAGGCACACCCGUCUUCUCCAAGGCUGUCCACUUUGACUCACACCUUGAACACGUUCGCCACUUCCUCCAGGUUGAUCGGCCUCUAGCUGUUAGUGCUGGCUCGUCUCCGGUCGAAGCCUAUGAAAGCGACACUGAGUAUCCUUUCCUAAACGGCCCCCAGACACGAACACCCCCCUUUGAGUGGGAGCUUGCCACCACCAACUUUCCUCAUGACAACAACCUAAUUCGCCGAUCCUUGCCGGCUCGUUUGGAAAAGGUUUGGCUGUCCAAGGAUCAACAGUCUCUACAGGCGUCCAUCGACGUCGCCAACCUGGCUUUUGAGAAGCUCAUUACCUGCCGCUUCACUCUGGAUGGGUGGAAGACAACUUCUGAAGUCACUGGGGAGUAUACCAGCUCCAUUGACACGCGCAAAGGCACCGCUGGCCACGACCGUUUUACCGUGUCUAUUCAGCUGGCAGAUACGGCCAACCUAGAGAGCAAGACGCUCUUCUUCUGCAUUCGCUACUCGGUUAAUGGCCAAGAGUACUGGGAUAAUAACAACGGCUCCAAUUUUCAGGUCGAUUUCCACAAGAAACACCUGCCUCAGCGCGGCAAAGGCCAGUUUCAGGGCGCUAAUAAGACCGCUGGCAAUCUGCCACGCAGCAGCCGCCGACAGAGCCACUCGACUGGCCCGAGGCCAAUCUCGAUGCCCGCGUCGCUCGACGACUUUGCCGAUCACACGGGCUUCCAAUUCGACCAGCCCCUGCACGAGUAUCUCGGUGAGUGCGGCACCGGUCUCCGCCUCAAGUCAAAGUCCUUCAACAACCUGGCUAGCGACAAUAUUAUCAAAUCGCUUGCCACACCUAGCGGGGCUGCUUUUGCCAAUCGCUAUGACUUUGGUGCUUCUCUGGAUGCCGUCAAGUCUCGCAAGGACGCGUCCCCCAAGGAGGCCGACACUCUAUAUAUGAAGGGCAACACCAAGGGCGCGGAUGCCACCAUCUCUGGCGCGCCACAAUUUGUGGCCGCGGCCCCUAGCACGGCCAUUGCCAACUCCUCCUACGAGGAGCUUGUCAAUAAAUAUUGCUUCUUCGGCGCCAAGACGUCUCCACAGGAGACGCCGCUGCGGCCCAAGGUAGACACGACCGACGCCAAGAUACUCGAAAAGUAUCAGGUAUCGCCGCCUACUUCUCCUGCCAAAGAGAGCGUCGCCAGGGUGAAUACGAUCGAAUAUGCCACAGCCCCGUCUGUGAUGCGAUCCGCCUCUCCCAGCUUUACGCCUUUCACGGGCACAUCGACGGCCGACAUGGCUUUUCACACACAGCAGACGCCAGACCGAUUUGUUUCUGCGACUGCGAUCUGGGGAUGA